GGGGCUGGUGCGGAGCAUGGGCGAGCCGGAGUUGGAGUCGGAGCAGAUCCGUCUGAAGUGCAUCCGGAAGGAAGGCUUCUUCACGGUGCCUCCGGAACACAGGCUGGGACGAUGUCGGAGUGUGAAAGAGUUCGAGAAGCUGAACCGGAUCGGGGAAGGCACCUACGGCAUCGUCUAUCGGGCCCGGGACACCCAGACAGAUGAAGUCGUUGCCCUGAAGAAGGUGCGGAUGGACAAAGAGAAGGAUGGGAUCCCCAUCAGCAGCCUGCGGGAGAUCACACUGCUCCUGCGCCUCCGCCACCCCAACAUCGUGGAGCUGAAGGAGGUGGUUGUGGGAAACCACCUAGAGAGCAUCUUCCUUGUGAUGGGUUACUGUGAACAGGAUCUGGCCAGCCUCCUGGAGAAUAUGCCGACGCCCUUCUCAGAGGCCCAGGUCAAGUGUAUCACUCUGCAGGUGCUCAGGGGCCUCCAGUACCUGCACAAGAAUUUUGUCAUCCACAGGGACUUAAAGGUCUCCAACCUGCUCAUGACAGACAAGGGCUGUGUGAAGACAGCGGACUUUGGGCUGGCCCGGGCCUACGGUGUCCCUGUAAAACCAAUGACCCCCAAGGUGGUCACGCUGUGGUACCGAGCCCCUGAGUUGCUCCUGGGAACCCUCACACAGACCACUAGUAUCGACAUGUGGGCCGUGGGCUGCAUUCUGGCUGAGUUGCUGGCCCACAAACCACUUCUCCCAGGCUCAUCUGAGAUCCACCAGACUGACCUCAUCGUGCAGCUGCUGGGGACACCCAGCGAAAACAUCUGGCCGGGCUUCUCAAAGCUGCCCCUGGCUGGCCAGUACACCCUGAGGAGGCAGCCCUACAACAACCUGAAGCACAAGUUCCCAUGGCUCUCUGAGGCUGGAUUGCGCCUCCUCAACUUCCUCUUCAUGUAUGACCCCAAGAAGAGGGCGACAGCGGGGGACUGCCUGGAGAGCUCCUACUUUAAGGAGAAGCCCCUGCCCUGUGAGCCAGAGCUGAUGCCCACCUUCCCCCACCACCGUAACAAGCGGGCCACCCCUGCCACCACUGCCACUGCCACCGCCACUGAGGGGCCAAGCAAACGUGCCAGGCCUUGAGGAACCCCAGACCAGGAGCACCUUGAGUAUGAGGGGCUCGGAGACAGACAGAGCUCACCCUGGACGAGGCAGAGCGCCUGCAGCCCUGAGGUGUGGUGGCUCCACUGGGACAGCCUGCUGCUGCCCAGCUCUACUGAGACAGCUGCUGUGUGCCUCAGGUGGAAGAUUCGAGUGGAUGCAUUGUGGGGCCACAGCCAUGGAAGCUUCUUUUGGGACCCCAGGCACCAGGACUGCCUGGGGGUGGAGGGCUGAAUGGCAGGGUCUUGGUCAUGACAGAAUAAAGUGCCUGGAAACUGGGUGCCCGGUCUUGGGAGCUCCUGUCCCCAAGCCACUCCAGAUAAAGAAUCUA